AUGCCCAACAAACACAUCAAUGGCAAGUCAUUGUACUAUACCAUCGACGAACCUGCUCAGAAAGCUUUGGCAACUGUCAUUCUUAUUCACGGCCUCGGAUCCUCCUCCUCGUAUUUCCUCCCAGUGAUCCCUUAUCUGACUCCAAGCAUACGCUGCAUCGCGGUCGACAUAGCCGGCUCAGGGUUGUCGGAACUUGGUGAAUCUGAACAAACUAUUGACAGCAUCUCGGUAGAUGUCGUCAGUUUACUGGAUGCACUGGACAUCAAGAACAAUGUGACAAUCGUUGGCCACUCGAUGGGUGGUAUUGUGGCUAGUCAUUUUGCUGCAGGCCAUGGGAACAGGGUGAACGGCGUUGUAUUGAUAGGGCCUGUGAACCCUAGCGAUGCUAUUUCUAGACUCUUCGUAAGUAGACUCGAGGACGUAAAACAAGAUGGCGUGGAAGGGCUGGCUAAGUCCAUACCAGCAGCUGCUACGGGAAAACUGUCAACUUCUCUACAUCACGCUUUCAUCCGCAAUUUGAUUAUCAGGACCUCAGCAGAAGGCUAUAUGUCAUUAUGCCGCGUGAUCAGUACAGCAAAGGUUCCAAAUUAUGAAGCGAUAACAGCACCGCUAUUGCUCAUUGCUGGCUCGGACGAUAAAACUGCACCUAUGGAAGGAUGCGAGGCAAUCAUACAAAGAUAUGCAACCAGUAAAGCUCUGAAGAAUACCAAGGUUCUUGAGGGGAUUGGACACUGGCAUUGUAUUGAAGCUGGUGAUGUUGUGGCCAAACACAUCAAAGAUUUUGCUCUCAGAGAAAGUGUUCUAAGCUCUGAGGGAAUAUGA